AUGGAAUCUGAAGCUAUCACCUCAGCAUUAUCUGAUCUAUAUAAUUUCCACAAAUACCAAUAUGAUCAAUUGAUCAAACCUCGUAACAUCAAAUACAACAGUCUUACUGAUGAUGAUAAAAAGUUACUACCUUGGUACGUCGAACAUACUGAGAUCAUGAAGAAAUGUAUAGAUCAUAAUCGUGAGUGUCUUCAAAGCAUUGCAUAUACUGUGGGGGCGAAUUGGGGGUUUCCUGAUCCCUCGAUAUGGGACCCUCCCACUACCACAGGUUUUGAUAGGGUGAGGUCAUUGUUACUACAAUUGACUCGAGAAUGGAGUGAUGAAGGUAUAGAUGAAAGACAAGUAUUAGAAAGGAUAUAUGGUGAUUUAGGAUCUCAACAAUUAGAUAUUCUUAUACCCGGAUGCGGAACUGGAAGGAUAAUUUACGAUCUAGCUGCAAGAGGUCACGAUGUUCAUGGUAUUGAAUUCGGUUACCAUGUGAUGAUCCUAAACCAAUUCAUGUUAAAUUUCUAUCAGAGAGAAUUCAUUAUCUACCCCUAUUUACAUAAGCUUAGUAAUGUGGUCUCCAGAGAUCGUCAAACCAGAAAUGUGACUAUACAUAAAGAAGUGCUGGACAUCAAAGGUAGUAUGGCCAUGUCAGGGGGAUCAUUCAUUGAUAUCUAUGGUCCAAAUGAUCUUCAAAUAAGUGAGUUUUACCUGGAAGAAAACCAUGAAUGUAGAGCUGACCCUACCAAAUUUGAUACUUUAAUAACUUGUUUCUUCAUUGAUACGGCACCCAAUAUCAUUGAUUAUCUCAGAACCAUUCACCAUAGAUUACAUCCUCAUGGUAAGUGGAUUAAUAUAGGUCCUCUUCAAUGGCAUUUCGAAGAUGACCAUAAUAUCACCACCACUAUAACUAACGGCAUUACUGUCCCAAGCAUUAAUAAAGGACUAGAACUUUCCAGUGAAGAUUUAUUUCAUCUAAUCAACCAAUUUUUCAAAAUCACUCGAAAUGAUCAAAUUCCCACCACUUAUGCCACCGAUCAAACCCUCAUGGCUAAAAACUUAUACCACUGUCUUUACUGGAUAGCUUCACCCUUACCCCUUAAAUAG